AUGAAGGAUCCUGGAACUUUUACAUUACCUUGCACCAUAGGAGGGAAGAUGGUUGGAAAUGCACUAUGUGAUUUAGGGGCGAUCAUAAAUUUGAUGCCCUUGUCAAUCUUUAAGAAGUUGGACAUUGGCGAAGCCAGGCCAAACACGAUUACUUUACAAUUAGCCGAUAGGUCAAUAAAGCUUCCAGAAGGUAAGAUAGGAGAUGUUCUCGUGCAAGUAGACAAGUUUAUCUUCCUUGCAUAUUUUGUUAUAUUGGAUUAUGAGGCAGAUAGAGAAAUUCCUAUCAUCCUGGGACGCCCAUUUCUCGCCACAGGGCGAGCAUUGAUCGAUGUGCAGAAAGGAGAGUUGACCAUCCGGGUUGAUGAUCAAGAGGUAAAGUUCAAUGUUCUCUACGUUGAAGUAUCCAAGAGAUAUAGAAAACUGCCAAUACAUUGA